CAGACGGGGCGGGGGUGGAGAGGCCCAGGCACGCUACUUAAGCUGCUGCCUGCCACCGUGGGAGACACAGGGACAGGAUGCUACGGGGCCUCAAGCUGCUGCUGGCCUUGUCACUGGGGCUACUGCAGCUGAGCGAGGGCCAGCCUCUGCUUGUGGAGCCCCAGGAGCGUGUGGUGGCAGUGGCCCUGGGCACAUCACAGAAGCUGACCUGCAGCCUGGCCUGUGCCCACGGCCCAGCAGCCGUACACUGGCGGGGCCUGGACACCAGCCUGGGCGCUGUGCAGUCGGACCCUGGCCUCAGCGUGCUCUGGCUGCUGCACGCCUCCCUGGCGGAUGCGGGCACCCGAGUGUGCAGAGGCUCCUGUGGAGGCCGCACCUUCCAACACCAAGUGGAAGUCCUGGUGUACGCAUUCCCGGAGCAGCUGACUGUUUCUCCUGCUGUCCUGAAGCCUGGGCAGGACAGGGAGGUGGCUUGCACAGCCCACAGUGUCACUCCCUGGGGCCCAGAUGCCCUCUCCUUCUCCCUGCUCUGGAGGGACCAGGAGCUGGAGGGCAUCCAGGUCCUGGACCGGGAGGAGGUGGAGGAAGAGGAGGCAUCCCUGAAGGCUGAGGGCCCGCUGUUCCGAGUGACCCAGCGCUGGCUUCUGCCUACCCUGAGGACCCUUGACCCAGCCACCCUGCGCUGCCAGGCCACCAUGCAAUUACCCUUCUUAGAACUGAGCCACCACCGGCCCCUUCCAGUCCUGUUCAACCAGACCACUCCGGAGCCCCCCAGCCUGUCCUCACCAGAGGCCCCCAGUCCAACCUUGCUGAAGAGCUCUGAUCUGACCUCGCUGGAACCCCCUGACUCCACCUCCACAGCGCACCCCAAGCCCAUCUCCACAGCGCACCCCGACUUCAUCUCCACAGCGCAUGCCAGCUCUACCUCCACAGCGCACUCCACCUUCAUCUCCACAGUGCACCCCAACUCCACCUCCAUAGCACACCCCAACCCCAUCUCCACAGAGCACCCUGACUUCUCCCCACAGAGCUCCCCUGAGCAGGCCUUCUCAAACAGCCCUAGUAGUCCCCGCAGCUGCUACCCCGAGAUCCACCAGGCACCUCCAACAGCAAUGGGGAAGGCGGCUGGCUGGGGGCUGCUAUGCCAGGCAUCCUGUGGGCAUGGCGUGACCGUGCGCUGGACCCUGGCUCCCGGGGGCCUGGCUGCCUAUGAGAACAGGGAAGCUGGCACCUGGGCAUGGCUGAGUGUACCGCUGAUGACCAACCCCACACCCAAGGGUUGGUUCCAGUGCCGCCUGGAGCCUGGUGGCCAGGUGGCCAGCCUGUAUGUGCAGGGCCAGAAUGCAGUCCCAACAUCCAGCCCUGAGGUUGCCCAGCCAUCUGCAGCUCUGUGGCUAGGCAGUGUGGCGCUGGGGCUGCUGCUGCUGCUCACCCUGGUUACCCGUCACCUGUGGAAACAUUGCUGGCCAGCAGCCAGGGACCUCCCGCACCCACCUGUCUGUUUGGGACUGCUGCCUGUACAGGACUCUGAGGGGGUGGUUGGCCUCGCCCCCAACCACCUGCAGGGCUGA